GAAGAGAACAAUGCCUACAUAUUUUGGCCCUACCAAUAAAAAUGUUUUUUCUUUAUUAUCAACUAAAUGUUAGAGAAGUCUUUCAAUACAUAUAUAUAUCGUUCAUAAUUUAACCGGCCAAACAGCCUUACUCUCCCCACCUCCCGACCCACACACCCCAGUCCGAACCCAUUCCAUGAACGAGCCACCCGCAGUUGUACUGACCCACUAGCUUGUGAGUGGGGGUCAGCUUCAACCCGGAAGCUAUUUUCUUGCCACUACUUCCUCCUUUAAUUAAAGUGACAGCAGUGCGAGCGAGAUGGCUACAGAUGAGUUGGCUAAGAAACUCGAGAGGCGGGAAAAGAUUAACGAAGGUAACGAGGAAGGCGUCAGUCCUUCGUCCAUGGUGUGGAACCCGUACACAGAGUUUAAAGAAUUUAGCAGAAAAGAAAUCCAGGCUUUUCAAAAGACCUUUAACAAAUAUGAUGUUGGAAAAGACAAGUUCAUUGACUUCUAUGAGCUGAAGUUGAUGAUGGAGAAAUUGGGAGCAGCACAAACUCACCUUGGACUGAAAGCCAUGAUCAAAGAAGUCGACGAAGAUCAUGAUGACAAAAUUAACUUCAGAGAGUUUCUGCUGAUCUUCAGAAAGGCAGCCGCAGGAGAACUAGAUCAGGGUAGUGGCUUGUACGAGCUUUACCAGAGAAUGUCCGAAAUCGAUGUCGAUGCGGAAGGUGUUAAAGGGGCAGCUAAUUUCUUUCAAGCUAAGAUUGAAAUUCAGGCGAAGAGUAAUAAAUUUGAAGAGGAGAUUCGCAACGAACAGGAGGAGAAGAAGAAACAGGCCGAAGAGGCCAAAGAGAGGAAACAAGCAUUCAAGGAAAAAGCCCAAAUGUUCAACCAGUAACACUGUUACUUGUACUGUCACUGUAUAUACUAUAAGUAUUCCACUUUCCCAUAAUUCCAUAUAGAGUCGUUUUUUUAUCAGUCAGUAGGGCGGAAGUCAUUUUCAGGGUUUUUAUUUUUUGUCCAUUUUAUUUCAGGCUUCCAAAUAUUGCUACAAUACUAGGGCUUGAACUUAAAUAAUUAAACACAAAUAUUGCUGUAUGAAACGGCCCACUAAUGGCAAUUUAGAGCCUGCUUUAGAAAUUUUUGCAGCAAAUCUAAUCACGACUGAAAGGUUAUUUUGCUGUAUGUAGACAUAUUUCUAAUCUUCAAACGUUAAAUACUGGCAGAUAAUAUACUACAUUGUUGAGGAGCUUUACCGACGGCAGUAAUUAUUAUCCUGCGGCACAAAAGUGCAGGCCCCAAUCUUACCGACGAAAUUAAUGAUUUCUUUACCGAAUGUGGGCGCAAGUUGGCAAGUAGAAGUCACCAUAAUAUUUGGGACUUAAUCCAAUUUUAAAAAGAGACGUCAGGACCUUGAUUGUUUAGUGUCAUAGCUCAUUUGGCACCUUGGCCCCAGACUUGUACAUCGACGCAUGUCGCGUCGUUUGAUGUGACCAGUCAAGCAUUGUUAAUCCUCUGCUACAUUCGUUUCAGUCAUACCAGAAAAUACUAAUUAUUACUUUCAUUUUAACAUAGCGACACAUUAUCAACUACUUGAAACAUAUAAUUGUUUUUUGUUUUUUAUUUUAUUACUGGAAGUAUUGAUAGUAUUAUAUCAAAAUAUUAUGAAUUUACAAAUGAAUGAGGAACAUGACAAAAUGUUAAGAAAUGUACCAAUAAAUGUUCACUUCGCCUAUUUUUAUCAAACUUCUCGGCUUUCUUCUGGGAAGGGAGAAGUCACUUCUCCUACUUGUUCAAUUCUAGAUUAGGGCCUGAAGUGCUGUCGGUGAUGCUCCAGACCUACAGCAAUUUAUAUCUCAAUGGCGGCAAUUGCUGUCAUUAAUUUCAAGCCCUGCAAUAAUGGUUUCACUCGUCCAUCUUUCAUACAAGUGUAAUUUUACGCAGUGGCAUAGUGUGUGUUGCCAGCGCCUGGGGCAAGUCAAGUAUUGUGCCCCCUAACCGAUGGACCUGCCCACGCUACACCACUGAUUUUACGAAAUCUAUCUUUAGUUUGUGUGUUAAAUUUAGGACAUUGUUAAAUUUAGGACAUCACUUACAUGGUUAUGACGGGUUCUGCAGAAAGAAGUUUGUUACUUGAAACUUUUUUGUUUGUUUUGUAAAUUACUAAUUUAUAGAUGGUUUCUGCAGUUUGUUCAAUUCUCUGAGACAUAUUAUUGUAUAGAGAUCUUCAGUCUCUGAAAGCUUACAGUAUGUUGUUAUGAAAUCAUUAUAAAAUGGCAGCAAGUCGCCUAUUUGUCAUAAUAGUUGUUUUAGAAAUACAUUUGUGAUGAAAUUGCUUCAUGGAACGGGGCCCAGAUUAAUAGUUUCUGGCACAGGAUCUUUUGUAGAUUGUUUUUCUGCCACGAGUGUCAAGAAAAUCAAUCCUUGCCUUUGUGUGAGCGAGCUUUUGAGAGCUCCAGUGAUUGGUUUUUUGGAGGACGAGUGUCAGAAAAAACAUCUACAAAACGACUUGUGACAGAUAUUUUAUUACAACUGUCUGAUGAGUCUGCCCCUCUGUCCUUACAUUUAUUUAUACCACAAUAUGGGUUUUUAUGCAAAUGUUCACCGUAGUGCAUAUUCACAGCAUGUAAAUUUCGCAAAUAACCAUUGAAAUUAGUAAUGCAAUUCGCCUAUUUGUCAUAAUAGUUGUUUUAGAAAUAAACUUGUGACGAGAUUCCUUUAUGGAACGGGGAUUAGUAGUUUCUGGCACGAGUCCUUUUGUGUUGUGUUGCGUAAGUUUUUACCAUGCUCAUAUACCACAGAGGUUUCGAGCAUGUCCACCCCGGAGUUCGAUCUCUGGAAAGCCAGGGGCCCAACCCGGGCCAGAGACUCUUUUGUGUAGAUGGUUUUCAUGACACAAGUCUAAAGAAAAUCAAUCCUUGGAGUGAGCUUUUGUGAACUCCAAUAAUUGUUUUUUUGUGGGACGAGUUUCAGAAAAACCAUCUACAAAAGGACGAGUGCCAGAUAUCCUCCAAGUCAGGCCCUCUGUUACCACAGAUAUUUAUUUAUGUGUAUGUAGUAAUAUUGCAAUAUAUUGUGUGUUUUUUAACACAGAUGUUCACCUUAGUGCAUAUUCACAGUGUGUGAAUUUCGCAAAUAACCACUGGUAUCAGUAAUGCGUAUCUGCAAUGAAAAUAAUGCAUGCAUAUAAAUUUCGUAAUGAUGUUAACACGAAUGAUGCUAAAUUUAUCAGGGCCUUUGAUCUCACUAAUUUGGGCACAACGGGGAAUUUUGUCAUUUCCAAGUGCAGGAAGGUGAUUUUUUGUUCAGUACUGUCAUUAACAGCUGCUGAAAAGUUCAAU